GGGCGGAGCCACCGCGAUCCACGCGUACUCAAUAGCAAAAGCGCUGUUUAAAUGUUCGCCAGUGUGUAACAGGCAGCUCGAGGAGGAACGUAAGUCUCGUGACGAGAAAUGUAACCACUGAAACCGUCGAACGAGAAGUUUUAAAGCGACGAAUCUUUGAAGACGAAUGCGUGCUGUGAAGAUCCGAGUGCGGAUAAGAAAUACGCUCAAAGAUGUCUGUCAGUAAUCACGAAAACCGAAAGUCAAGGUCAAGCGCCGGGUCCAUGAACAUCCAUCUGUUCCACAAGACAUCACAUGCUGACAGCCUGCUCACCCAGCUCAACCUCCUCCGCCAGCGGCGUGUCUUCACGGACGUAGUCCUGCGAGCCGGACGGCGGGCGUUCCCGUGCCACCGGGCUGUGCUGGCGUCAUGCAGCCGCUACUUUGAGGCCAUGUUCAGUGGGGGUCUGAAGGAGAGCCGUGACGGCGAGGUCAACUUUCACAACUCUUUGCACCCAGAGGUGCUGGAGCUUCUGCUCGACUACGCCUACUCUGCGCGGGUCAUCAUCAAUGAAGAAAACGCUGAGUCCUUGCUGGAGGCCAGCGAUAUGCUCCAGUUCCACGACAUUAGAGACGCAACCGCCGAGUUUUUGGAGAAGAACCUGCAUCCAUCGAACUGCCUCGGGAUGAUGCUUCUGUCUGAUGCCCAUCAGUGCAUGAGGCUGUAUGAACUUUCUUGGCAGAUGUGCUUGGCUAAUUUUGCUAAUCUGUCCCACACCGAGGACUUCUUAAACCUGCCAAAAGAUAAAGUGCAAGAGCUCGUUUUUAGUGAAGAAUUGGAGGUAGAAGAUGAAAGUAUUGUGUACGAGGCUGUUAUUGAAUGGGUUCGAGCAGACAUCGGGAGGAGACUUCUUGACCUUCCUGACCUCCUUCGGUGCGUCCGCCUUGCGCUGCUGCCGGAGACCUACUUGCUGAAGAAUGUCGCGUCCGAGGAGCUCGUCAUGGGACACAAGGUGGGCCGCGAAAUUGUGGAAGAUGCUAUCCGUUGCAAAUUGAAGAUCCUGCAGAACGACGGAGUUGUCACAGGCUUCUGCGCUCGACCCCGUAAGGUCAGCCAAGCCCUUCUGCUCCUAGGGGGCCAAACGUUCAUGUGUGACAAAGUUUACAUGAUCGAUCACAAAACGAAGGAGAUCACACCCAAAACGGACCUCCCCAGCCCUCGCAAAGAAUGUAGCGCGUGUGCUAUCGGCUGCAAGGUGUACGUCACUGGCGGUCGAGGGUCUGAAAACGGGGCUUCAAAAGACGUUUGGGUCUACGACACCCUUCACGACGAAUGGUCCAAGGCUGCACCAAUGCACGUGGCUAGAUUCGGACACGGUUCAGCGGAACUUGACCACAUCUUGUAUGUUGUUGGUGGACACACAUCUCAAACGGGAUCGUUUCCCGCAUCCCCAUCUGUGUCUCUCAAACAAGUGGAACAGUACAACCCACAAUCCAACAAGUGGACGUUAGUAGCUCCUCUUCGAGAGGGCGUCAGCAACGCUGCUGUUGUCGGUGCUAAAAACAAACUGUUUGCUUUUGGUGGGACUAGUGUCAACCGGGACAGAUAUCCCAAGGUUCAGUGCUUUGACCCCUGUGAGAACAGGUGGACCGUACCCGCAACUUGUCCCCAGCUUUGGCGGUACACAGCAGCAGCAGUCGUCGGCAACCACGUCGUGGUCAUCGGUGGAGACACGGAGUUCUCGGCGAGCUCAGCUUAUCGCUUCAACAGCGAGACGUUCCAGUGGACCAAGUUCAGCGACGUCACUUCCAAAAGAAUCAGCUGUCAUGCGGUGGCAUCUGGGAAUCGGCUGUAUGUGGUCGGGGGCUACUUUGGGGCGCAGAGGUGUAAAACCUUGGACUGCUAUGACCCAUCCACAGACUCGUGGGACAGUGUAACCAGUGUACCUUAUUCACUUAUCCCAACCGCAUUCGUCAGCACCUGGAAGUAUCUUCCAUCUUGAAGAAAAUUCAACUUAUUUGAGAUCUCCGCCGCUCUCUGGAAUGCGCUCGAGUGCCCCCCAAGAGGCGCUGGAAUGCCGGGGGAGGCGAUUUUUCUCCCCAUUCACAUGGACCUCGCGCCGGAACCCAAGGGUCAGGGCGAGUAGAAGGAUAACCAUGGGAACCAGAGUCCAUCUGAGCUCACUUCACCAUGCAGUUCUGACCUAUGCCCAGAAGCGUUUGACUGUAGCCGAAAUGCAGAAACACUGUGAACGAAUUCAAACUCAGACUUUACUCACUAACCAGAGUUAUUUCUACCGUGAAGUUUCACUGUUUAACAAUGCCACUGCUUUAGAUUUCAAGCGAUAACGUGCGCUCACUCACACGGAUCCUAUGACUGUGAAUAUUUACGUUUCCUAUGGUCACUCACCUUUGCAAACUUAACAUGAGGAUCUUUGAGCGAGAAAAUGUACUGUAAAGAAUUGUUUUGUCAGGCCGUGCUGCCUUUGAUGUAGAAUAAUCUCUCUGUCGUUGCCUUUAUCAUCGAAUAUGUCCUGUAGGAAUUUUCACAACAUUGAUCUGCACUGUAUUUUAACCAUAGUACUAGAUGAAUAGCCUGACGAGGUGUCUCAAGAAAGUGUCCAUAUUUCACUCCAAACAAAAGAAGCAAAAAAGCAUAAAGGAAAUUAAGCCUGUACAAAUUUCAAAAAAGUUAAAAAUUGUCAAUAUUUUUUAAUAAUAAAAAGUUGAAUUUCUACAUAAAGGUUAUUUUUUAUUGUAAUUUCAUUAAAUCUAUGCUCAUUUGAGAAAGAAAUAGGAAACAAUAAAAAAUGGGGGGCAAUGUACACUUUAUACAGUCUUAAAAAUGUGACAGUCUCAAAAUAUGAUGCACAAUUUAUUCGCUUUGAUGGUGUGAAAUAUUUUCUUGAGAUUCACCGAUUAUUUAAUAACACCUAGUUUACAAUGUGAAUGACAUUCAUUGACACGCUUUGAUUCUAGGUUGGUUUCAACUAUUAUAGCUGUUUGGAUUUCUUCCUAAUGGUUUUGUGCCAAACCAUCUCUGUUUACUAAGCUGUUCUCAAGUUUUCCUAAAACCUAACUUCCUAACUAUUGCCGUACAUGUAGCUUUGAACAUUGUUUUAUGUAUAUUUGUGAAGUCUUAUUUUAUUUUUAUGUCGAUUUUGCACAUUGUGUUGAGACGCCGUCCUUCUCACUGUUGAACGGUCAUUUAUACCCAUAAGGGUGUGUCUUUAAAUGCUAAACUUUAGAAUGUGUUGCUUUAGGGCAAAGUAAAGCAGCCCAGAUGUUACCAGCUAAAUUUCAAGACGUUCUGUAUUUUAUUUUACAAGGUCUUAAUUUUGUUCAUUUUGACUUCUUGAUAUCACUGUUUUUAGUUUUCCCUAUAUGUCUGUCUGUCCUGAACGCGGGUCUUGUUUCCUGUAACACCAAAUAUUACUGUUUUGCAUCUUCCGGACAACAAACAGUGUGUGAUGUUUUUUCAUUGUUAAAAUAAACUAUUUGUACAAAAUAA